AUGAGACGGCGCGGAGAAAAGAGACCUAUCCCCGCUGAGCUCAAGGAUGAGAAGUACUUUGAAAGGCGUCGCCGCAACAACCAGGCCGCGAAGAAGUCGAGAGACGCGCGAAGGAUCAGGGAGGACCAGAGUGAGGACUAUAAAAACAGGUUGAAAAGUGAAAGAGCAUGGGAUAUAAUUGCGAGGAACGUAAAUAAAACAAAAAAGGACGUUAAAACUAGGUGGCGACACUUAAGGGAUGUCUUUCUAAAAGAAUUGAAAAAAGUUCGUAAGCCUCGCUCUGGAGAUCCAGGAAGCCCAAAUGAACAAUAUUACUCAGGAAAGUGGACCUAUUACCAACAUAUGUUGUUUUUAAAGGAUGUUUCAAUGCGUCGACCAACCGAAGGUAAUAGUGUUCAUCAAGAAACUGGAAAUAAUGAUUAUGAUGCCAGCCUACCAUCCACUUCAAGAUCAGAGCAGAAUCUUCAGUUGCCUGAUGAAGAGAAUUCUACUGCAAUGUCUAAUAGAUCCGAGGCUUUUGUGUCUUCUGAUGACGAACCACUGUCUACCAGUGCGCGCAGUACAAUUACACAGAGCACGAGUGCUUUGUCAACUGAAGCUUUGGAUAGUGGAUUACAAACUGGAUCCCAAAAAAGAAAUAUCGCAUGGCGAGCCUGUUUCCUGGAGCAAGAAAACGCGUCGCUACGCGCUCAUGUCGCCGCUCUCCGCCAGGAGGCGCUCACGCUGCGUACACUGCUCGCCGGUAGCGCUCCCGACGCCGCGCACCAAUCCCACGACGCCCACAUCACCCACCACGUAGCACCAUCUUCCACCACCGCCGAUUGA